AUGGAAAAUAUGUCACGAGAGGAGAAAUUUAAAGCCAUGAAGCUGCCGGAGCUCAAAGCGUACUUACAAAAUCGAGGAAUUACGGUUAACAGUUACCUCAAACCCGGACUCGUAGCUAUUGCUUGUGCCGUCGAAGAAAUGAGUCUUCCAUUGGUUUUUCAAGUCAGCGAAGCCCAAGAACAGUUAAAUAUAAACCGUCGUUUGAGAGUUCAUGAUGUUCAGCUGCCUGAUCCUUUUAAAACGAAUGUUUUAAACGAUUUUAAGCAUUCUCCACCCUUUGGUUUGUUUGAUAUAUUUAAUCAUCUAAUAUAUCACUCGUCAGAAAAUGACAAGCAAGGCCUAGCAGCUUAUAAAUCAUACGAAAACUACCGUUUGUUUUACGAUGGGUAUGUUGAAUCAUUGUUGACUGCAUACAGGCAAGAUGCUGGUGUUCAUGUGUAUGUCAGCAAGGUUAAACCUACAAUGAAGGAGAAAACUAAAGAUGGCAAAGAGUUUUACGACUCAUGGUUUGUUUUAGAAGGAAAAGGGCCCAAUCGUGGAAGUGUGAUCAAUGCUUAUUGUGUUUGUCUUGGAGGAAGAGAUGGUGGGUGUAAGCAUGUUGCAGCUGCUUUGUAUUCACUUGAUGAUCUUCUGAAUACUAAAGGAGAGGAAAGUGUAACAAGUAAGCCUUGUCAAUGGAUUCGGAGAUCAAAGCCCGAUACAACACCAUGUGAACUAAAAGACCUACAAGUUAGGAAAAGGGGGCUUAAAGAUCACGAGACCUCAAAUAGGAAAAGGAACCGAGCCUAUACAUUUUCCCAAUAUAUUGACCAUGACCCACGUACUGUUUCGGACAGGAGCCCUAUUACACCAGAACAACUUGCCUCCCUGGUAACAACUAUGCAGGGAAUAAAGGAGAGCCCAGCAAUCUUUUCCAUUUUGGAAAAAAAUCUGUGUGGUGCAGGUACAAGUAAGGAAAUAAGCACCGAUACUUGCACAACAUCAGAUGAGGAAUCAGAACAUGGUAUAAUGGAGAAGAAGAUCAUACAACAUUUGAAAAAUAAAAACCAAGCAAAUGCAGAGAGUUUUAUGGAUGAUCUUGAGUUUACUGAGCAAGAGAUACACAAUGUCGCUUCUGUCACCAAAAAACAAUGGCAAUGUAAGCAAUGGUAUGCACACAAGAGAGGAUUUAUAACUGCCUCAAAAGCUAAGAAUGUCUAUACAAGGCAGAUUUCUGUUGAGAGAGUAAAUGAAACUGAUGCAUCUAUUCUGGUGAAAUCAUUGACUGAGAAGAAAGUUUGUUAUCCGAUAAGACAACAUAUUGUAGAAGACCCCAAAAAUCCAUUGGACUGGGGACUUAAGCAUGAAGACAGUGCAAGGAAAGCCUACUACAAAUUAGCCUGCGAACAGGAUCUCAAGCUGAAUUGAGAGCCUGCAUCCGAUGACUAAUGAAUUUGAAUAUCUGCGUCUCAAAUCGUGACGCGAAAUUCUCAUUGGUCAAAUGCUAUAAUUUAUAUGUUUCCGCUGAGCUCUAUAUAUGUCAACUGCUGAAGCACUAUGCAUAAAAAACACAUUAACUGAUCAAAUUGGUCUUGGCCGUCUUAUCUCAAAGCACGAAAUGUUCUGUUUUGAGAAAACAGUGUUUAAAACAUUUGAACUUUUGCUUGAAUAUCUUAUAUUUGGAAAAACAGUAUAAACUGUACGAUCUAAAUUUAGUUUGCACGGUCUAAAUUUAGUUUGCACGAAAGUUGUAAACAACACCAUAUAAGGAUAGACAUUCCAUAUUUGGAAAAACGAACGUUACGGGGCAGAUAUUCAAAUUCAUUAGUCAUCGAUGCAGGCUCUCAAUUCAGCUUGAGAGCCUGUUCGCAGGCUAACUACAAAUUAGAAGCAAGUAAACACAAGCAACUCACUUUAAUUUCCCAAGGCUUCAUGAUUUCAAGAACAAAGCCUUUUCUUGGGGCAAGCCCAGACAACAUUACAAGUUGUAAAUGUAUGCCUCCAUGUAAUAAUGUUGUAGUCGAGUACAAGUGUCCGUGGUCACACAAAGAUCUUGAUCCAAAAGAAGCUUUUCUGCAACCUGAAAUUGGUGGUAUUUGGCAAAAUGACAUAUUUUCACUGAAGCAAAAUUCUCGCUACUAUUAUCAAAUUCAGUUGCAAAUGCAUGUAGCAGAAUUGGAUGAGUGUGAUUUGGUAGUGUGGACACAAAAAGGCAUUUUCUGUCACCAUAUAUCUUACGCUCCCUUGUUCAUUGAGAAGAUUUGCAUCAAGCUUAAAAGAUUCUGGCUAACAAAGGUUGUUCCACACAUGAUGGAAAGUUUCCACAGUUAUUCCAAACCAUCAGGUAAGAAUUUAGUGUGAUAUAAUAGUAUCUCAUGUGUAUUAAGCCAAAAUGUCCCCUAAUGCACCCAAUAGUUGUACUGUGUAUAAUGCCAAUAUUAAAAAAAAUAAUAUUCCUUGUUAAGGAAACUGUUUGGCAUAAAUGGUUUAAUAUUACUUAACACGAUGCAUGGACAAAUAAUCUGGUUAACCCAUUGAGUAGCCUGCGUAGCAGGCGUUUAGCUGACGGCAACACCCUUUCUUCUCCCGCCCGCACUAAACGCCUGCUACGCAGGCUACCCAUUGAGUGGCAACACUCUUCCCUUGACAAGUAAAAUUAUCUGGCAUUAGACAGAGUAAAAUGGUAAUUAAGUAGGGUGCAUUAGGGCACAAGAUCUUUGCUAGUCAAAACUAUGAUUAGCUUGUUUCUCAUGUUUGUCUUAAUACAUGUACUGCCAGUAAUGGUAUUCCAUGGUAUUUAUGUCUUUAUAUAGACGAAAGACAACAAAAAAGAAAAAUGCUGACAAACAAGAUGUAAAAACAAAUUGCACGGUUGCAUCAUUGGAACAUGAGACUGGUAUUAUAAAUUAUAUUAUUUCAUUUAAUAAAUUGAAGUACAAGUGAUUGAUCCAUUAUGCCAAAGUGUGCCUGAUAAUCCAAUAUAAAAAUGAGCACAUAUGGUUAAAAAUAAUAACUGAUUCAGUAUUAAUCAGAUGGAUUUAUAUAAUGCCUUUAUUAGAUUUUGAAAAUACAAGGACAGAAAAUAAAUGUUCUGAGAAACAAAAUGUGGUGGAUACCAGUGAAAAGAUGUCAUCCUUUGCAUGUGAAACAGGUAUAACAGUUUUUACAUGUAUGUAAAGUAAUUGCCACCUGCCUUGCUCUCUCAAUGGGUUAAGUGGCAAUUCACAUUAUUUCAUUUCCUAAUUUAUAUAGACAUUAAAACUGUUGAUGUUGAACAAAUAUCGAAGGCAAACGUCAAUAGCCAGAAAAAGUCUAUGGUCUUAUUUGGAUUUGAUGUAAGGGAAGAGGACAUCUAUAGCCUGAAACCAGGAGAACUUAUAACAGAUACAAGUCUAUCUGUAAUGAUAAGGUAUAUAUAAAAUAUUAUACAAUUUAAAGAUGUUAAAGAUUAAGAAUUUUAUCAAACUUUGCAUUAAAUUUAUAUUUCAGUGAUCACUGCUGUGAAUUCCCUGUUAUUGACACUUUGUUUUAUUCAAUUCUUGUUGGAGAUCAGGACUUGAGAGUGCGAACAUCAACCAGGUUCAGAAGCCAACACAUAUUAUAUAAUAUUACCUAGUUGUUUGUCUAUAAUUGUUAUAUUGUGUAUAUUUGAUAAUUAUUUAGAUUGGAAAGGAAUCAAGCUGCAGAACAAUUUUUCAAAGCUAAUUUACUUGAAAAAGAUUAUGUGUUUGUUCCUGUCAAUAGAAGGUAAUAUAUGUCAUCUCUGUCUAAAUGCCAGACGAUUUCACUCAUCAAGAGGAGAGUACCAGUUGGCACGUAAUGGUAUAACAUCAGAAAAGGAAUAAUGUUCAUGGGAAACAUGUAGAGUUGUUUUUGUACUAGUACUAAAUAGAUUGUUUUUGUUUUGCAGCCUUCACUGGUUUCUGGUUAUUAUAUCACCACGGUAAUUUUUAAUUGUUUCAUAUGACUUGAUUGCAUAUACCGUACAUAAUAAUAUUAUUUCAAUUAGGCACAUUCUCAUACUGGACUCAUUGACCUGGGAUAUGGACAUUAGGAAAUCAGAGUUUGACUACAUUUCACGGUACAUGCUAUUGUAUGGUAUCUCAAAACAAUUUCACAGUUAAAUUGGUAGAAUUACUGAAAUGUAGUCUUUUUAUUUUUAAGAUACAUAGACUAUCUGUUUGAAAAACAAAGCACCAUCAAGAGAAUACAUCGCUCUAAUCAGAUUUUAAAGGUAGGUGCAUGUUCACUUAAUGGUGAUAAUAUGAACUUUUAAACAUGACUAUACAAAGUAUAUCUACAGUAUUCAGCAACAAAUCAAAUGCAUUCUAUUAUAUUGUAGGUCCCACAGCAAGAGAUCGAUUCGAAUAACUGUGCUGUUCAUGUAUCACUGUUUAUCAAACAUUUUCUAAAGGUAAUGUAUAAUAAAUAACAUAGCUGAAAAGUUUGCUUGACCGCGAUGGGGAUUGAACCCGCGACCUCAGGUAAAGCAAACUUUUCAGCUUUCCCGGUGUGGAUAUGUUCGCUCAGAGUAACAUCACAAACAUGUAUGCAUAACACCACAUACAAAAAUAAUAUAUGUUCUCUAAAGAGGUAUAAUUUACUAUGCUCAUUACCCAUCCUAUAAUUUAAGGAUAUUGAAAAAUAUGAAGAACAUCCAGAAGAAUAUGUUACUGCAGUGCAUAAAUGGUUUACAGUAGAGGAUGCUACAACUGAAAGACAACACUGGCACAGAACACUGCAAACAUUGUUUGAUCUACACAGAUCCUGA